AUCGGUGUUUCACUUUGCUGUGAUCCUUGCCCGACGGCUGGUCAAUUUAAAAGGGUCCUGACAGUCAACGAGUUCACACAGAAGGCGGUGCGUCUAUGGGACGAGCUGCUGGAGGAAGUGGUUGAGGCAGGUUCCCAGUAUCUGCAGCAUUACCACACCCUGGCGCUGGGAGUUUGGGAGGUCAGGCACCCGCACUUCUCCCUCCUCCCCCGGGAGGGCGAGGUCGCUCUUGUGUGCCUGCGGCUACUUGUCGGCGUUGGAGGAGCUGCGGGAGACGGAAGGCGGAGCCGAGGCGCUGCGUCGGUGAGGAGCGGGCAGCGGGCAGGCGGCGGAGUGGCGAGGCCGGCCCGAGAUGAUGCUCUUCUCCCGGAGGAAGAAGCAGAGUGAAGAGGCGCGGAAACGCCUGGAGUAUCAGAUGUGUCUGGCCCGAGAAGCCGGUGCAGAUGACAUCCUGGACAUCUCAAAGUGCGAGCUGUCUGAGAUUCCAGCUAGCGUUUUUUCUAUGUGCCGAGUCUUGCAGAAGAAGGUUUUAAUCAUUCAUUCCAAUCGCUUGUCAGCACUACAGCCCAAGUCGUGUAACCUCCAGGAUCUGUCAAUGCUGAAGAUCCUGGAUCUCCAUGACAACCGAAUCACCUCACUUCCCGAGGAGAUGGGUCAACUCUCAUCCCUUCAGGUGCUCAACUUGGAAGCGAACCACUUGAAAUCUCUCCCCAACUCGCUCACAAUCUUGGCCCAGCUUCAGACACUAAAUCUGAAAGGAAACAGGAUCCGGAAGUUGCCCGAGUCACUGAGUGGGUUGAAGAGCCUGCGCACGCUUGACAUUAGUCAGAAUCAAAUCCAGUUUCUCCCACAGGACCUGGUGUACAUCAGGACACUUGAGUCCCUCAGUCUGGAUGCAGAAGACAUGACCUACCCUCCAGCUAGUGUGUGCAGCAAUGGAACAGAAGCCAUCAAACAGUUUCUCUGCAAAGAGCUUGGAAUCGAGUACAUGCCUCCAUCUCAGUACCUGCUCCCGGUGCUUGAGAGUGAUGGGCAUGUGCCAGACAGCGACAAUGUCGACGGCACAUUCCAACAGCAGGUGCUGGAGGAAGAGAAAUGGCAGAGCAAGUUCAUGGACUAUGAAAAGAGGAAGGAGCAAAAGCAGCGGGAAAAGCUGGCGUUUGAGAAGAGGCUGAAUGAGGAGCAGCGGGAAAGGACACAGCUUAUCUUGCAGAACAGCAGUCACAAGGAGCAGGUCCUGAAGUCGGUGAAACAGGAGCAGGGGAAGCUGGACCAGGAUCUCCGAGACCAGCAACGCUACAUGGAGGUGGAGCGCCAGCGACUGCAGGAGGAGCUGAAACGUGGAGAGGAUGGAGCCAUGAACCUUAUCCAUAGUUUGCUGGUGGACAAUGAGAGAAGAAAACAGAACUCGAUGCUGAUAGAAUCACUGGAAAAAGAGAGGGUGAGAAUGGAACAGCUGAUGGCAAUAACACAGGAGGAGAAUGAGAGACUACGAAAGAAAGAGGUGGCAGCUGCUAUGCAGGAGAUGCUGUCCGAAAGCUCCAUGAACAAGAUUCUGCAGAUGGUCUACGAGACAAGGCGACAGCAGCUGGUAGAUGAAGCCAGCUCCAGCAUGGCUGAAAUGGAUGGGAGACUUCAGCAAAUCCAGGCCUUCCAGCAGCUGGAUCAGCACAAGACUAUUGGGCAGAUUCUCGGUGAGGCGGAGAUGCAGAAGAUGGCGUUUGAAGCACUGCAAGUCAAGAAGGACAGCAAGCACACGCGUAUCAGAGACCAGAUCAAAUUGAUUGAGAAUGAGUUAAUGCAGCUGACAAAGUUCGAGUUAGACAGAAGAGAGAGUGACUUGGAGAAUCUUCAGGAGACACUGGUGAACGAACGGCAGGUGCUGAGUGACCUCCUGCAGCAGCUGCUGAAGGAGAAGAAGUUGCGAGAGAAGGAGCUUGGGGAUCUGCUGAUGGAAAUGGAGAAGAAACACGAGACCAGUCAGGAGAACUACUGGCUGAUCCAGUACCAGCGCUUGAUGGACAUGAAGCCGCUGUCCCUUCGAGCACAGGAGGAGGGUGUGGAGAAGGCACUGGCGGACCUGUUGACCGAGCUCUCGGCAGAUCAGUACCUGCCCCUGUUCGCCCACCAGCGGGUCACCCUGAAGAUGCUGCGUUACAUGACAGCGGAGGAUCUGCAGCAGAUUGGAGUCAAGGAGAGCAGGCUACAGCGUGCCAUCCUCGGACGUGUACAGGAGCUUCUGCCUGCAGAAGAUUGGAGAUUGCCAUCCGCUCCAGCGAAAGAUGUUGCUGCUGAUUCGGGUGAGAGACAACCCAGUGCUCCUGUGGAGGACGAAGUGGGACCCUCCAGUUCUCUGGAGCCCAGUGCACCAGCCUCUAAAGAAGUCGUGGCUCAGUCAGAGUGUGUUGUCUGCAUGGAGCGAGAGAGUGAUAUGAUCUUCCUGACCUGUGGCCAUGUUUGCUGCUGUCACACGUGUGGGAUGGAGUUGCACACUUGCCCUCUCUGCCGGAAGGAAAUCGAACAAAAGAUUCACAUGUAUCGCACAUCCUGAGUGGCAAUCCAUUCCUACCCAAUAUCUGUCUACAACCUCCUGCACUUCAGCCUGCCUGUGCCUUACACCUCCCCCUUACACUCACCCCAAAGGUAAAACUGUGGCAUAGCCUCCUAGGCUGGCUUGAGGUCUUCCUGGAUGGAUAAUCUACAGCUGGUCAGGCCUGAAUUGUGUUGGCAAUGGUGUGAGUUGGCCAGUGUUGAGCUCCCAUGAAUUAGCACUCUAGUAACUUGCUUGAUCAUGAACUGGUUGCAUAGAUAGAGAACUGGAAAUAGAAAAUGAAGUCAUCGCUUCCUGCUGUUGUAUUGAUUUUUGUGCCUGGUACUACCUUGGAAUGAAACUGUGAGCUGGUGCAACAGAUCUGCAACGAAUCCACAUGGGCUCUGUCAUUUUGAACCAUGGCUCCUGUGGAAUCAGCUUCAUCCAUAUGAUCCAUUCAGCAGGCUUGGAACAUUGCAUCUACAUUGCCAUUCACACUGAGACUUUAAGCUCAGGUAGAAGGUUAAACUUUCCACCUGACCUGUACUCUACAGAGCAGCAAUGCAGUACCAUCUUAUGUCUUCAAUUGGAGCAUGAGGGGGAGAGCACUAGACUGAGUUGAAUGUUUCCAAGAUGUAGGCUAUUUCAAUUCUUUUUUAUUAAAAUCACUAAUCCAGUUAAAAUUUUGUUGAGCAAUAAAAUGAAUGCUAGCCUCCCUCUUGUUCAUAGUGCAACUGCUGCUCCUUGUAUCAAUGCCCUUUCACUGUUGAAUGUGCUAAUGGCAAAUUUAAUCUCAUGAAGCUUGUCAGUUUGAGAAUUAAGUGCAAAAGCUGACUUUUCCUUCACCUGAAUCACUUGCUUGGGGAUAGCAUCUCUCUAGAGCUGGUGAUGGAUGAGUAACUGCCGAAGCUGAUGGGACAUUGCCCAGUGCUACUGCUUCCAUUCCCCUAUUUACAGCUACUCCCCCAGAGCCGUAAGUGCUAUUUUGCUCUGAUUGGUGCUCAAGUGUAGUUGUUUAUCCAGUUUUAUUUGACAGCAUAUUUUUGGUUACUUUUCUCUGAACACCUUCCACAUUCAGUGUUGUAACUUCAGCAGAAUUAUCACCCAAAUUGUCUCUCGACACUUACCUGUCAUCACUGCUGUUCUAUAGUCCUGUCUUUUUGCCCAUAAACUCCAAAUGUGCUCUGACCUACUUCCCAUCUCCCCCUGUGAAAUAGAGUAUGUGCAAAAUGUCCUUUAUGACACCUUGUCCCUGUUUCCAUCCUGUGUGUUUCAGGCUUUAGAGGGAUUUUACAACCCAGUGUCACAACUGUCCCAGUUUCUUUUAUACCCUCAGUGACAUCCUGUAUCAAAGGCUUUCUCCCUCAAACUGCAUGUUAUUAUGAAGCCAGAUAUAAGAUGAAUGUAAAGCAUGUUUUUAAAUUAGAUGUUUAAUUUAUUAUGUCUUUUAUGUAGAACAUUUGCACUUGUAUGGCUGUAUGCUAUAUGUUCCAAUAAAGGAGAGUUUCCCCUUGUGGUUUGCUUUGAUUUUGUCUUCCAGCAUGGGAUUGUCCUUAUAAAACUUGAUGCGAUUUUUAUCGAGUUGUUGGAGAUAGUAGUCUAGCUGAAAGGACUUUGAACCAAUCAUGCUUGAGUGUUUUAUUUAAACUAGCUGGUCUGUUCAGCUGCAAGUGGGAAACAAAGAGAAGACUUGGUGCACAUGGUGUAUCGUGAAGGCCACGUCUGAUAGUGUUGAGAGGAAUGGGAAUUGGGCAGGAAGGUGGACUUGAGCUCCAGGACAAGCUGGAUCUUCUUGAUGAUCCAGGGAGGGAUGGGGGCUAAGUGACCUUCCUUCCAUUCUAGGGCUAUGGCAGCAGUCCCAGUAUCCAGGCCCAAGGGAAGGCAGCCAGUGGUCAUUAAAUGAUAUCUGGUAGAAAAGAG